AGCUCUGCUGCAGCCAGCUCCGCCACCAUCCCACGUCCUCCCUGUGGAAGACAGACACAUCUGGCGGCCCUGCGGUGCGACUCUUGCCCGCGCAACGAUCGGGUCUCAGUUUCCCCCUGAGAUGUGGUCCGCGGGCCAAGACUUGGCAGACCGCUUCCCCACCCCCCUCACACUGCGACUCCACCCCGCCUUUUCAGUUCCGUCCACUCGCGCGCUGGCCUCCUGCUCCCCACGGGGACCCUGGCCCAGCACCCCGGCCCUCAGAGAAUUCAGGCCCCAACGCCGGAGAGCAGGAUGACGGGCUCACCCUUCCGCCAUCUUGCCCGCAUGACAUCACCACUAUUUACUGACCUCUGACUUCCGACACGGCACCGCCCCCUCAGGCACCGCCCCGGAGCGCUCGGCCCAAUCCUCGCGCUGACACCGCCCCCAGCCCAAUCUCCGCUCCAGUCCACUACUGGGCCCCGCCUCCUUGAGCCCCGUCCAGUGUCCGUCUACAAUUCGCCCUUCAACUCCGCCUCUGGACUCUUGGCCCAAUCCUCACUCAGUUCGGUUCUCAGGGUCCACUCCCCAGCGGUAGCCCUACCCCCCUGCAACAACUACUCUUUAAUCAGCGUACAUCGGAUACGGUGGCUGCUAAGGGCCACGUUCGUCCCUCUAGCUGGACCGCGAAGGCGCGGGAGAGGAGCGGAGAAAGGGAGGGGGUGGGGCUGGAGCUCGAAAGUCUGGAUCCUAGAGCUCAGGUCUAGGACCACCCCCCUUUAUGAAACAAGCCGCGCAACAGCUGCUUGGGGUCUCUUCGGGCUAAUCCAACAAGCGGAGAGCGGAGCCCUGGGCUAGGGUCUGCAGGUUUCUUCCGCUUUCAGUCAGUAAGGGACAGCCAGGUUCUUAGCUCACAGAAGAGACUCAAGCUUUGAUUCCCGAGAGAUCUGUGCCCUGGGGGACCCUCUUGUAUGGAACUGCAGCAGUCUUGCUGUGACUCUGAUCACAGGAUUUGUACUAGGAAUAGGAUCAUUCGGGAAUACAGAAUUUCUGCGAAGCGCCGGCAAGUAAAAUGUGUGCGGACUGAUAGGUCAGAGCUCUCAUUCUCCGGGCGACUUUAAUAUGCACGUCGUGCUUUCAGCUCUCCGGACAAAGACGCCGACACUUCGCAGGUCCCUCGAGUGGGACUCAGAAGACCGAACAGAGCUCCAGCCUUCUGCUAGUGUCCGUUCUUGCCCCUUUUGGCAUCUCGGGACUUGUAGUUUUGUCCACUAUAUCUUUGCUGGAGAAACGAACGCUGAGACCACAACUCCCGUCACCGCGCGAGGACUGGCGCCAUCAGAGCGCAGCCUCAGGAGGGGGCACGGGCGCCAUUGACUAACCCGCUGGUCGAAGGGUCCGCCUUCCUGAGCCUAGGAGCCCCUGUGAUUGGUCAGCUGCCUCGCUUCUCACGGAGGGGGCGACAGGUGAAUGAAAGAGGGGCGUGUCGCUGUGCGGUAGCUCGGCCGCAAGGCUGGAUCCCGCUGAAAGAGAUUCAGGCUACUCCAGAGCAGCAGCAGCUGGUGGAGACAUGGAGAUGCAGUCCUAUCAUGCCAAGCUCUUGGGGGAGUUGAAUGAACAGCGAAAGAGGGACUUUUUCUGUGACUGCAGCAUCAUCGUGGAAGGGCGGAUCUUCAAGGCCCACAGGAACAUUUUGUUCGCCAACAGCGGCUACUUCCGAGCCCUGCUCAUUCACUACAUCCAGGACAGCGGGCGGCACAGCACCGCCUCCCUGGACAUAGUCACCUCCGAUGCCUUCUCCACCAUCUUAGACUUCCUGUACUCUGGGAAGCUGGAUUUGUGCGGGGACAACGUGAUUGAAGUCAUGUCGGCGGCCAGCUACCUGCAGAUGAACGACGUGGUGAACUUCUGCAAGGCCUACAUCAGGUCGUCCCUUGAUAUCUGCCGGAAGAUGGAGAAGGAGGCUGCCGUGGCUGCAGCGGUGGCGGCGGCGGCCGCGGCGGCGGUGGCGGCUCAUCAGGUGGACGGCGGGAGCCCCAGUUCAGGCAGGGAAGGGACCUCCUGUGACACCAAGAGCGUGGUCCCCUCUCCGGCCGAGGGAGAGGAGAGGGUGGACUGUCCAAGAGAGCCCCCUCGCCGUGACUGCAGAGGCUGCCACCCCCUGGAACUGGCGGCGAAGGACGGCCAGGGCAGUGGCCCAGCUGACAGUGACCUCUCUAUUCUGCCCAAACAGAUAGAGCCCAAGGUGGAGUUUGAUGCCGACGAGGUGGAGGUGGAGUUGGGCGAACAGCUGCAGCCGUAUGCCACCCCACUCAGCCUGGCCCACAUGGACGAGGGUUUGCCCGGUGGCCAGGCCAUCGACUUGGCUUACGGUAACUACCACGUGAAGCAGUUCCUGGAGGCACUCCUGCACAAUGGUGCCGUCCAGGGCAAAGGUGACGUGGACCAUCACUUCUCUCGAAGUUUGGAGGGAAGACCAGAGGGUGCGGGAGGAGCCAUGAGUGCCGUGAUGGAUGUCCAGACUGACUGGUAUGGAGAGGACUCAGGUGAUGUGCUGGUGGUCCCCAUCAAGCUCCACAAGUGUCCUUUCUGCCCUUACACUGCCAAACAGAAGGGCAUCCUUAAGCGGCACAUCCGUUCACACACAGGCGAGCGGCCCUACCCCUGCGAGACGUGCGGCAAGCGGUUCACUCGACAGGAGCACCUGCGGAGUCAUGCCCUAAGCGUCCAUAGAUCCAACCGUCCAAUCAUCUGCAAGGGCUGCAGAAGAACCUUCACGAGUCACCUGUCCCAGGGACUGCGGCGCUUCGGGCUGUGUGACAGCUGCACCUGUGUUACAGACACACACGAUGAUGAAGACGAUUUGAUGCCCAUCAAUCUUAGCCUGGUGGAGGCCUCAUCCGAAAGCCAAGAAAAGAGUGACACAGACAAUGACUGGCCAAUCUAUGUGGAGUCUGGUGAGGAAAACGACCCCGCUGGAGAUGAUUCUGAUGGCAGACAGCAGAUUCGGCCCAACUUGUCAGAUCAAGAGACACUUACGUAGCGGAAAAUUCUGGGGGUGGGUAGGGGGAGAGGUUUUAGAAUUUGUUGUUGCUCAUUCUAUGUUCGAAAGCCACCAUCUGUCCAAUUUUAUGGAAACCGGAGAGGAACAUGUUUUCACUGUUACUAUCGUUACAUUUUUGUUAGUGAAGGUUGGAUUUUGUGACUCAAAGGACUGAUGACUUCUUAGUGGAAUGCCCUUGCUUUCUGAGGGCUUUGUUGAGUUAAUUCUGAGUGAAUUAAUGCUUGCCCCAAGGCUUCCCAUUUUUCCUGUUGUGCACCCAAACUCUGGUUAGGAGAAAGACAAGAAAGUCCCCAUGCUUGAGACAUUUAAUUGUCUCAUUCCUCUAGAUUCCUUUUUUUUUUUUGUCAGCUUUUUUCUCUGGAAAUGUAGGCAAAAAUAUUUUGACAUCAGUCUUACCUUUGCCAAGCUUCUCCUGAUGGAUUCCAUAUUUUAAUUUUCUGGUGAAGUAUUUUUUUUUUUAACAUUUAUUUAUUUUUGAGAGACAGAAGGACAGAGCACGAGUGGGGGAGGGGCAGAGAGAGAGGUAGACACAGAAUCCGAAGCAGGCUCCAGGCUCCGAGCUGUCAGCACAGAGCCCCACAUGGGGCUUGAACCCAUGAACCGAAGUUGGACGCUUAAACAACUGAGCCACCCAGGAGCCCCUCUGGCGAAGUCUCAAAGACAAAGCUUCACUGAUACAAGGCAGGCAGGGCUGUUUGGCUCCAUGAGUGUAAAGAUACUUCUAAGACUUCAGUUUUAAUGGCUGGGAGUAUUUAUGUGCACGCAAGCAUGGAAAUGAGCUGAGAGACUCCUGGGCACUCUGACUUGCCCAGCUAAGUUCAACUUUAAGUUAGUCCUGAGAAAGGAGACUGUGAGCCCAAGUCUGGGUGGUUUCCCUGUUUAGUUUGGGAUCUGACCGGUCUGCACACACAGAUAACCUGUUUUGUGAUCAUAAAACAAGUCAUUUGGAUGAAACUCAAACCCCUUCCCUGUGUUUUCCUGCCAUUUUCAAGAGCCGCUGCUGUGUAAUGUGGAAAUGUAGCCCCUGCUGACGGCCUUCUACUUCGAUUAUGAAUAGAACUUUAAUUGGAGGGAAAGUGUGAGCCUGUAUAAACAAGUUAUAUUUCUAAAUCGUUUGCCUUUUAAAGUUUAUUUAUUUAUUUUGAGAGAGAGAGAGAGAGAGAGAGAGAGAGAGAGAGA